CUGGGAAGCGCGUAUAGAAUGCCGCAUAUAUCGUGUAUAGGAGCAUUAGUGCGAAAGUGAUGCUUGGAUGGUAAAAUAACGAAAAAAGUCUACCCUGGCAAAUUAGACUUUUAAUAGUUUUUCGGCGUUGUUCAAAAUGACUUGCAGUUUGUAGCGUAUAGACCACGGUAGCCAAAGCUACUUCAUGGACAUCAAUAUAGGGCAGGCUAUAGACCCGAUGCUUUCUUUGCUGAAAUGCUAUGCCGGAUAGAGUGUAUGGGAUUUUGAGUAGGCCUAUAUAAAAUCGAAAUGUGUUAUUCUGCAACGGUGCUGUUCAGGUGAAACUAGAACUUGGACAUCGUGCCCAGGUCAGAAAGAAACCCACGGUGGAAGGCUUUACGCACGACUGGAUGGUGUUUGUCCGAGGACCAGAGCACAGCAACAUUCAGCACUUUGUGGAAAAAGUUGUUUUUCACCUGCACGAAAGCUUCCCAAGACCAAAAAGAGUGUGCAAGGAUCCACCCUAUAAAGUGGAGGAGUCUGGAUACGCAGGCUUCAUCUUGCCCAUUGAAGUGUACUUCAGAAAUAAGAUGUCCCACUGCACCUCUCAGGAAGAACCUAAGAAAGUGCGCUUCGACUACGACCUGUUUCUACACUUGGACGGCCACCCGCCUGUCAAUCACCUACGCUGCGAAAAGCUCACCUUCAACAAUCCCACGGAGGAGUUCCGUAGGAAGCUGCUUAAAGCCGGCGGGCAACGGGAUCCUCACAAAAGAAGUUCGGACGACUCUCAAGUGAUGGUAAUGCAGGAGGGUUCCACAUCUCUGUUCGGCCAGCACCUCAAGCUGCCCACCCUCCCCAGCAACUCCCUGACAUUGAACUUCUCAGACGCUAAGAAAAGCAAGGCCUUCCCAGGGUCGAAGGACAGCUUCAAAGGAUCUGACUCUCUCCUCACCACAACCACCACCACCAGCUCAUCCAAGCUCCACAAACCCUCCAAGGACUACAAGGACAAGCCUUUGAAAGAGCCCAAAAGUGCCUUCAGAGACUGUAGCAGGGAACCAAGCAAAGCCUCCAAAGAUCCAUCCAAGAAACCCAAAGAGAACCAGCCUCUUCGGGACAACCCCCCCAUCCCCAAGAUGGGCUUCAAGGAGCCCAAGGCCAUGUCCAAGGAGCACCGGCAGGAUGGGGGCUACUCGCACGGGGCUGGGAAUGGGACAGGGACUAACAAGCGACUGUCCAUCACUGACAGCGAGGACCACCUGACCAAAAAGCGCAAGAGGGGCUUCUCGGAGUUGACAUUAAAGCCGCCGGGGGGCUCGUUGCUGCCGUACCCCCAAUCCCACUACUCGGAAAAGAAACUGCUGAAGGACAAAUCCCAGGUGCGGCCCGCUAAAGUGCGGGUGGACGGCGGUGAGGCGCUGGGGGAGCGCAGGAAGGCGCCGACGCUACCUCCGUUCUCGGAGUUGAGGGACGCCAACGACUCCGACAUGGAGGACAAUAUGUCCACCAAAUCAGAUUCGGAGCAGCCCAGUCCAGCCAGUUCAAGCUCUAGUUCCAGUUCAGGAUUUGCAGCCAGCCACAAACGCCAAGUGGCCGAAUUUGUCCGCAGGAAGGUAGGGGCCGUCCCUGCCACAGCCCACACAGUGUUGGGUCCCCUUCGUUCAAUAAUUCACGACCUGCACUCCGACGACAACGAUGAUGAUUCGGAGGAGGACGACAACGAUGACAACGACAUGGACUCUGACCUGGAGCGACCAAUGCUCACGCACAUGACACACCGCCACCGCCGGGUCAGCUUGAGUGACGGCACUGAGAGUGAGAACAGCUCAGCGCCCUCUCCCCACUCUCGCCACGAGCCCCCGCCUUUAAUAAACACCAGUAAUAACCAGAUACUGGAGGUGAAGAGCCCCAUUAAGCAAACGAAGCAGGAUAAGAAUAAAAACAUUGACUGUGACAAGGCUUACCUGGAUGAGCUGGUGGAGCUACACAGACGACUGAUGACACUGAGAGAGAGGCACAUACUCCAACAGAUCGUGAACCUCAUCGAGGAGACUGGACACUUCCACAUCACAAACACCACUUUUGACUUUGACCUCUGCUCCCUGGACAAAACUACGGUGCGGAAGCUCCAGAGUUACCUAGAAACGUCUGGAACGUCAUGAGGUCUUGGAGCUGCUGGCUGCAGCAAGGAACAAUGUUGGAAGAACUUAGGAAUCUUCCUCUUUUGUUCCCCCCCCACACCCCAAAAAUGUACUUUUCACUGCAACGCAAAAAGAUGACCUGCCACGGCCGGGCCCUGCCCCGGGUCUUAGUGCCUGGCCUUCUGGUCGCUCCACAAUGCUCAUUGGCUCCUGUCUCUCCACGUGACCAGGGUAGCCCGUAAGCACAGACCGGAUCGGCGUGUCGUGUCACCCUGGAGAUGAGUCCUGUCGACCAGGAAUAUCACCCAGAAAGCCUUGAAGAAUUCCACAGUUGACAAAAGAAACGUGGUAAAGAAACAGUGACCUUGCUUUUAAAACUAAUGUGCAUAUUACCAUGUAUUGCAUUUUUUGGCGUUCUUUGUGAUGAAUGGUGCAUGUUCAACACUGCCUUACCACGUUUGUCGAUCUUUAUUUAUUGAGUUUUGUGGUGUGUGUGUGUGUGUGUGUGUGAGAGAGAAUAGCAACACUGAGUCUUGUGCAAGCACUUCACAACAUGCAUCUCUCUGGCUCUGGAAGGACGGUGGAGCAGCAUGUUGUCAUCACAAUGUUAAGAUUUAAAUCAUCUUGUGACGGAUGACUUGAAUGGCAAUCAAACGUCCCUCUAUAUAAAGACUGCAACUCUACCCUCUCCUCCAAAACAAUAAUUGUUAUCAGUGCCCACCGGUACGAGCUGAAGACAAAUCAUGAACUCAAAUUGUUGAAAUUAACACAAUUGUAUAUUCCAUUCUUGGUACCAAAUCUUUAAUUGAUGUAUUGGACAAUGACGAGGCAUAUUUCCAAAGUGUGCUGCAUGUUGUUUUUACAAGCUCUCACUUGUAUUCCGCUGCUCAAGUUGAAACCAAGCCUAGUGUUUGAUCAAUCUAUUCUGCCCUACCAAGCAAAAAGGCAGGAACUGCUCAUAGUGUGGAACUGAUAGAAAUGGCUUUUAUUUACCUUGGUUUCACAGUAACUUCAUGCAGUUACUGCUAACAUGACCCCCAAUUUCUACAAAAUACAAUAGAGGCAGGAUACAUGUCCACAUGAUUAAGCAUGUAUAUGUUGCAAAAAUAACUAAUUUUCAACCAAAUGAGCAGUUACUGCCUUUUUUGCUUGGUUGGGCAGUAUUGUAAGCAGGCCUGAGCUAAAAAGGAACUAUUUUGAAUCCUGGAAUUUUAGGAGGAAAAAUUGUACUCUUACGUAUGUAAGACUGAAUCAUAUUUAUUUCACGGUGACCUCCGUUGCCAAAUCAAAGUUGUGCAUUAGAAUUGAGAACUGAACUGAUUUAUUAUUUUGUAACUUUGUCCUUUUUGCUAACCUGAGGAGUUGAAUUAAUUUUGUCUGCUGUGAGCGAUGCCUCAACAGGAAUACCAGUGGUUGUAGCUGCUCACAGGGCCACGCAAAGGCAGAAUAUGUUGCAUUUUUUUCUUGACCAAUGUCAGUCUUAUGAGUUUGUGUAUUCUUAGGACAUACAAUAAAAAUGCUGUGUUUUGUACAGAUGAGAACAUGUGCAACCUGUGGUAAAAAUAGUUAGUCACUGUAAAUGUAACAUGUUUUAUUUGUUUUGACUUUUUUGCAAUGACAUUUUGUCAUUUCUCUUUUCUUUUUCUUUUUUGUCGAAGCCCAAAGAUUUUUGUUUUGGUUGGGAUAUUGUUUAUUUGUAUAUAAACGUUGUGAUUAUUAAUGUCAUCUUUCAUUUCUUGGAAGGUUGGAAAAAUAUAACAUUUUGGUAUUUUAAACAAUGGUAGCUUACAAUCAUGUGUUUUAGUCAAAGUUAUAACUGGCUUCUGGUGGAUCCACAACAUGCACAUUUUUUGGGGGAUUGAUUUCAUCACUAUUCUUGACUAUCAUCUAAUUAGUCUGCCAUCUGAAUUGUAUAACUAAAUGACCACACUGCUCCCCCCAUGUUUCUAAUUUGAGAGGGCAACACGAUUACUUCCUGUAUACACGGAGUGUACAAAACAUUAGGAACACCUUCCUAAUAUUGCGUUUCACCCCCCUUUUGCCCCCAGAACAGCUUAAAUUUGUCAGGGCAUGGACUCUACAAGGUGUCAAGCGUUCCACAGGGAUGCUGGCCCGUGUUGACCUAAACCGGUGCGCCUGGCACCUACUACCAUACCCCGUUCAAACACAAAUAGUUUGUCUUGACAAUUCUCCCUCUGAAUAACACUUCACAAUCCAUUUCUCAAGGCUUAAAAAUCCUUUAACUUGUCUCCUCCCCUUUCUACAGGAAUUGAAGUGACAUCAAUAAGGGAUCAUAGGAUUCACCUGGUCAGUCUCAUGGAAAGAGCAGGUGUUAAUUUUAUGUAGACUUAAUGUAUAUGAAUGUUUCUAUUUGGAGAGUAGUGAGUGCUGGGAAUAGUUAUACAAUACCAACCUUUUUCAAAGGGACGUGUAAUGUCUGUUCAGGAUGGCGCAACGUUACAGAACAAUAGGCAUAGGCAGUCAUUUCUGCUCUACAGUAUACAUUGCAUUUCUAUCUGCAUCAUUCGGAACAUUUCGCCCUAUUGAAUACACCCCCUCGGUUAUUAUCAUCUGUAUAUCUAGCACUAGCAGUCAUCUCAAUCUCCCGUCUCUUGCCUAUUGAGAUGUAUGGGGGGGUACAUGAGGUUGCAAUGUAGUGCAGUUCUGUGUUGGGUUGGGUUGAAUGUGGAACUUAUUGUCUGUCUCUGCUGUCAGUUCUACCAGAUCUGACCCAUUUACUGUGUUUUCAACUUGCAGACUAUUUCCUAUAAAAUGCACAGUUGCAAUUCC